AUGGUGAAGCGUCAUGUGAAGAACGGGAAGUGCAAAGGUGCCCGGAAGUUCAACGGGCCUAAGUACAAGGGGACAGUGAAGAAGGUCAUCAACAACCUCCCGAAGUACAGCACUAUGUCCAUAGAUGAGAAGCCCAAGAAAAAGAAGGGAGCCAAUAAGCCGCAAGGCAUGGACAUCUCCGAACCGAAGGCGCCAAAGCUUAGCAAGGCGCAGAAAAGAGAGAAGAGGAAGCAGGCCGUCAGCCUGGGCAAAGUUGGGAAGACCUCGCCCAAGGCAAUGCCG